AUGGGCUCCCUUGCUCUCUGGCUUCCCACGGACUUUGGAGGAGGGGUGGAGAGUCGGGUGGAGCUGGCAGGGCGGGCGGGCGAGCUGCAGCCAGCGAGACCCGAGUACCGCCCCCUUGGCCCGCAGCAGGGCACCCCCGCGCCUGCCUUCCGGGACGCAGGGAGCCUCAGCGAGAGGGCUGGCCAGUACGGCGCGUCCUGGCGCCCGGCGUCUGCACUGCAGAGCCAGUCCCUGGCUGCACGCCUGCCGGGCGUCUCCCAGCAACAGCCGCCGCCGCCCGAACGUUCUGAACUCGGCGGCCCCUUAGGCCUCAUCGUCACCUUGGCGACGGCCGGCGGGAACACGCCCUGCGGGCUCCGGGGGCGGGGUCUGGGCGCCAUGCGCUCCGCCUCCCGCGGGGUGCGCCUUCAGCCCCGCCCGCCCCCGCCCCUCCUCGGCGGCACGCGUGGCCGCAGGCCGCCACCUCCAACCAAUCGGACUGGCUCUUCUGUCAUUCGGGUCACCUCCGCUGAGACGCCUUCCCUGACCACCCAAGUUGAAGGAACUGCUAACCUUUUCUCUUGGACUUUGUUUUUUAUUUCCUUCACAGUAUUUCUCCCCUCUAAAAUUAUCUUGUCUGCUUCUACCUAUAUUGCCUUCCCUCUUGAAACCGAAGCUCCAUAAACUGAGGCACAAAUUCUGCCUUGUUCGUCUCUGUUCUCAGCACUCUGAACAGAACCUGGCAUGAAUGAGGUGCUCAAUAAAAGUUACUUGGAUGAA